CCUGGACUGCUCGCGGGCCUGUUGAGGCCAGCUGGGGCUUCUCGGGGGCCUGCUGGGCCAGCCGGGUUGUCCUGAGGGGGGCUAUCUGUGCGCACUCCCGAAGCCUUACCAACCGUCACCUUCAUGUCUCUGCCGAAGCUUUGGGCGUCCUGGGCCGCUCAGCGCACCAAGUUGGGCAGGCCCCAGAUCAUCGAGGUGCUGACGGAUGACAACAACGGAACCGUGGCGCUGCACAACGCGCUCGUCGUCGUGUCCUCUUGCAUACCUGGUGGACGUUUUGACGACGAGGUUGUCCGUGCGUCUCUGCAGAACAAGCAGCGGUACUGUGACCUGUACGACAUCACGCUGCCAUCGUGUGUGCGCUGCGCAUUAUCCCGACUUUGACACGCGCACUCCCGGAGACCAUCACGCCAAGUGGGAGAAAUACCUGCGUCUGCACGCCGAGAUGGCGUCGUCUCGCGACGAGUGGUUCAUGUGGAUUGACUGUGACGCGAUCUUCACCAAUGUCUCGUUCGAUUGGAGUCAUCUUCUUCCUCAGCGAGGGCGCGAUACAGGUGCAAGACCUUCCCGUGACCUGGUGGUGUCGCGGGACCGCAACGGCUUUAAUUUGGGGGUCUUUUUCUUGCGAAAUACUCCCUGGUCACUUGGCUACAUCGAUGCGAUGCUUGCGAGGCAGGAACAUAUUGACCAUCAGCUUUGGAGGAGAAGGCGUCCCAACAGCUUGCGUGAUCAACGGGCCUUGGAUGAUAUGCUGCUUGCAGACCCGCUGCUCAUACGCCGGCUUCAGGUUGUGCCUCAGAAGCUCAUCAACAGUUUCUUGUCGCACAGCAAAGGCAACGGAGCGAUUUGGGGGCAAGGUGACUGGAUUGCGCAUCAGGUGGACUGCCUCCGCGCAGAGUGCAAUGCCGAGCUUCUCGACGUCGCGCGGCGUCUCGCGUGACUGAGACAACAAAGAAGGGCAGGGCAGCGCGCAAAGGCGCAGAUUCCUCCGCUCGGGGCCUCGAUAUUCUUGCCGCGAGGCGCACUGCAGCCUCUGGCGCUUUCUGUUGGCUUCUUGCAGCCUCUCUGAUGCUCUUUCGAGGUUCUCAUUGCUGAACUGAGGCCGAUCCUCGCGUGGUCGAUCCUUCGCGGAGUCGUCUCGCGCUUUUCAGCGCUUGCCUCGACCCCUCAGUGGUCUGCCCAGGAGCUGGUGUUCUCAGGACCGCCUCGGGCCUGAAGGAGGCCUUCGGAGGCGCUCUCUGAUUCACCUUUGAGCCUCUUGGGGAUCUUGGCU